AUGAAACUUGCAGUGACUGUACUAUCAUCAGUUUUGCUUGCUUGCUCGGUCACUAUCGCCAAUCCAGUCCUUCCCAGUGCAACCGCAGAUGCUGAGUCUAGCACUUUGACAGUUCUUCCCACUGCAACUACAAGCACUUAUUCUAGCCCUUCAGCUGUUUCUGAAUUGGAUGUAGACUUAUUUUAUUGUGGCACACUUUCAAGGAAAGCCAAGAGCUUGAUCAAAGCAUACGCAACAACAAAACGUGGUGUCGAGACAACAGAAGAAAGGUGCAAGUUGAUAUCAAAAUCGAUUUCUUUUCAACAAAAAUUGAUACAACAGCUCAGUGAAAAAGUUGAUCUCUUAAAGUCUGGAUAUUCGGCAGAAGAUGAUGAUUUAAGUUAUGAUGAGGCUAUUUCUGAGCUUUCAAGGGUACGUAAAGAACUUGUAGAUUUCGAAAUUCAACAGCAAGUGUGCGAUAGCGAAUGCUCUGUUUUGGAUCGGAAGUUUUAUUUGGCCGAAAAAGCACUUGCACAAAACUUUUUUCAAGGGUUUUUGAAUGUUCAUUCAGUCGGUGUAUAUAUGAAACGCAUCCUGGGUAAUCCCGUCGUUAUGAAAUGCAUCAAUCAAUUUUACAGUGGAAAACGGACUCCAUUUCCAGAACUCGAGCAUGCAUCUACUAGUGAAACUCCCAGUUCAUCACAAAGAUAUCAAAGCCAUGAAAGUUUGCCUCAAUCACCCGAGCAAGCAACAAACAAUUCUGAGCAGCGUAAAAUGGCUCUAAAAAGUUCUGAUGGACAAUCUCCAUCUGAAGAAACGUCUAUAGCUAAUCCCAAUCGAAAGUCCUCUAGAGCCCCUUCCAGUUUAACCAAAGUUUCCAAGUUUAUGAAAAAGGUCAAAUUACAGUUGAAUCAUUGA